AGAUUAGCUUGACUUUUUUGGGUUCGGAAUAAACUGAAGUUUUAUAAUUCUGUACCAUAUUAGAGGAACUAUGGGGAUCAGGAAGCCAGAGGCCUGCAUACCAAGCUCUUCUGAUAGUGCUUCCUGUUAUGCCCGAGGAAAAGAUGAUUAACAAUAGUGGGAGAGGAUGUGUUUCCUGUGGACUCGGGAAUUUCUGUACACAGAUAUCUUCUGUGGUGUUACUGAUAUUAUAUCCUUGCAUUGUUUAAGAAGGAAUUGCAAAUGUUGGGCUUUUGACUAAGUUCCUGCUGUUUAGGAGUUUUUUGUAACUAAAGUUUGUGAUUGAUUUAACCGCAGUUUGACGUGUGUUUUGUAUUGUGACAGGUAUGCUUUGAAUGGACUCAGCCUGAUUGAUUUGAGUAUUGUGUCGAAUGUCAUUGCUGCAAGUCUGUAUAAGCAUGUGACCACGUUUCCAAACCACUAUAAAAGAUACCGUAUGUCUUCGUUCAUUACAGUGGUGGCUCAGGAGAGUCAAGUGUCUGUUGCAUACUUGACUGUAUCCCUGUCACUCUCGCCGGCUGAUGAUCACGAAAGCUUGAGUUGGUUUACCUGUGGCUUCAGUACGCCUCAAACGGGCUCGUGUUACAGCUGAGAGCAGAAAUACAUGACUACUUGACGGAUUCUCAUUUGAAAGCCCCACGCAGAAUUUAUUGUCUAUGCAGCAGCCUCUGUCUUCUGGACAUGGAGCAUCUCUGCAGAAGAGCAGUUCUGCUCCAGAAUCUCAUCAGCAAGUGCCCAGUAAAGCACCGCUUGGAUCAACUGCUGGACAGUAUGAUUUCAUCAAAUACCAGAACAGUUACCAAAACCCUGUCCACAACAUCAUCAGACCUGUUUAUCCUUCAGCAUUGGGUGAUACUCGAGGAUCAGGCCAGAUGUAUUCCACUGGGGAUUCUUCAAUGAUUGGACCACAUGGUCCUAACAUGAUGACUGCCAGACGACAGUCCGAGCAGGCAUUAGUAAGCACUCCGCUGCCAGCAAGUUACAUUACAAGUGGUGGACACUACCCCAGUCAAGUUCCUUACAUUGCACCUUCUCAAGGCACUCCUCAGGUUUCCCCUCAUCAUUCUUUUCCUGUUAACCGUACUUAUCCUGGUUUCUCUCACCAAGCGACAUCUACCGUUUUCAACCCACAGUAUAAUGCUCCUUUAGCCUCACGGACUCUUCACCUUGCCACCAGUCAGCCAUCGUAUAAUGCUUUGUCCUGUCAAGCCAAGCCUUUGCCAAAAACUGGGCAACAAUAUACCCAGGCAUCUUUCCAACCUUGCCACACUGGAAAUACUGGCACGUCAUGGCAUCAUUUACCUGGAGCAUCAAUGACAUUACCUACCGGUCCUUCUAUCAACCCUGUUGCCUUUUCAUCCACUGCAAGCAGCCAAACAUGUACAGGCUCUCCCCUCUCAAUGCCACAUCAUAUCAACCAAAGUUAUUCACCUGGCAGACCAAAUGUAGCAAAACCUCCAGUUGCUGCAGGGAAACCUGCACGAUGGCCACCAUCUUCAGCUGAUCAAUCCACUUCAGCUUCUGCCUCACCAGCAUCUGCUUCAGAGGCGCAGCAAGGCAUGCACUGUGGAUAUGUUUCUAAUAAUCAAGUUAAUUCUGCACCAAGUCCCUUGUCAUCAACUUCAGAUGAUGAGGAUGAUGAUGAUGAAGAAGGCAUGGACUCUUCCUCCUCGACAUCAUCUUCCACUAACACAUCACUUCCCAACAACUACGAUAGUUUGGAAGGUGGAAAUAAUCAAGACUUGACAUCUUCAGACAAUAAAGCCCCUGCUGCAACUGAUCCAAGUUCAUCAAUGACUACUAAACAAUAUGGUGAAGCAUAUCCAAUUCUCCAACCACCCUACCUGAAGGUAGCUUCUCCUUUGCACUCUGCGAGGCAGCCCACAGGUCCAGGACAUCCACCAGGAAUUCAGCAGUUUACACAGCCUUUUUCUAACAUGAAUCAGCUGUCAUCAACAAUGGAGGGACUAUCAUUUCAGAAUAAGCAGCAGGCUGAAGCUCUGAAGCAAGUCAAUCUUCUUCAAGAGAGGAAUAUUCUUCCACCUGUUCCUAUCCAGAAUCCUCAAUCCAAAUUAAGUCCAGAAUUAAGAAAGCUUAAUUGCAAUCCAGACUUAUUCCGGUGCACCCUGAUGAAUGUUCCUCAAACGCAGGCGUUGCUGAACAAAGCAAAACUUCCUCUUGGGUUAUUACUUCAUCCUUUCAAAGACCUGACGUAUUUGCCCGUGAUUACGUCCAGCACCAUCGUCAGAUGUCGAACCUGCAGAACAUACAUUAACCCAUUUGUAUCCUUCCUUGAUCAAAGGAGGUGGAAAUGCAAUCUGUGUUAUCGAGUUAAUGAUGUACCAGAAGAAUUUAUGUAUAAUCCUUUGACACGCUCAUACGGUGAACCACAUAAACGACCGGAAGUUCAAGCUGCAACUGUGGAAUUUAUUGCUUCAUCGGAUUAUAUGUUGCGACCUCCUCAACCUGCUGUCUAUCUCUUUGUUUUCGAUGUUUCCCAUAACGCUGUGGAAUCAGGAUACCUGAACAUUUGCUGUCAGUCUUUGUUAGAGAACCUUGACAAGUUACCUGGGGACUCGAGGACCAAAAUAGGAUUUAUUACCUUUGACAGUACAGUUCAUUUCCUCAACUUACAGGAAGGAUUGUCACAGCCUCAAAUGUUGAUUGUGUCCGAGAUUGAAGAUAUCUUCAUACCUACUCCUGACAGCUUGUUGGUAAAUCUUCACGAGAGUAAUGAGCUUAUUGCAGAUUUACUAGAGGUGCUGCCCAAAAUGUUUGCCGGCACAAGGGAGACUCAUAGUGCGCUGGGGCCAGCUCUGCAGGCCGCAUUGAAGCUCAUGUCUGCAACAGGAGGGCGCAUGUCUGUGUUCCAGACACAGCUCCCAUCCAUUGGUGUUGGUCAGCUUUUUUCAAGGGAAGAUCCUAACCAGCGAUCCACCAUAAAGGGAGCGCAGCACCUUGGUCCAGCCAUAGACUUUUAUAAAAAGUUUGCCUUGGAUUGCUCAGGCCAGCAGGUGGCAGUAGAUCUGUUUUUGCUGAGUGGACAAUAUUCUGACAUGGCUUCACUUGCUUGUAUGUCAAAGUACUCUGCUGGAUCAGUGUUCUACUACCCGUCAUUCCAUCAUAUUCACAAUCCCGCACAGGCAGAGAAGUUUCAGAAAGACCUCCAACGUUACCUCAUUAGAAAAAUUGGCUUUGAAGCGGUCAUGAGAAUACGCUGCACAAAAGGUCUUUCCAUUCACACUUUCCAUGGAAAUUUCUUUGUGCGUUCCACUGAUCUGCUGUCUCUUGCUAAUAUAAAUCCUGAUUCGGGAUUUGCAGUGCAGAUGUCCAUUGAGGAAAGUCUUGCAGAGUCAUCUGUUGUAUGUUUUCAGGCUGCUUUGCUUUACACUUCAAGUAACGGUGAGCGACGGAUUCGAGUUCAUACUUUGUGUUUGCCUGUUGUGAAUUCUGUGGCUGAUGUUUACACAGGAGCAGAUGUACAGGCUAUUACUUGCCUUCUAGCCACGAUGGCUGUCGAUCGAUCUGUUUCCUCAAGUCUGUCUGAUGCCAGAGAUGCCUUGGUAAAUGCCGUGGUAGAUUCCUUCUCUGCAUAUCAUUCUACGGUUUCUAAUCUCCAGCAGUCUGUUCUGGUGGUUCCAAACUCUCUCAGACUGUUUGCCCUUUACAUUCUGGCUCUUUUGAAACAGCAAGCAUUUAAAUCUGGCCCGUGCAUUGGGUUGGAUGAAAGGGUGUUUGCCAUGUGCAAGAUGAAGACUCAGCCAUUAGUUCACCUGAUGCUCAUGAUUCAUCCACACUUAUACAGAAUAGACAAUCUGUCUGACGAGGGUUCCAUCACUGUUGGUGACAAAACUGUCCCUCAGCCACAUAUUUUGCAACUUUCUGCAGAAAAACUAUCAAAAGACGGUGCUUUCCUGAUGGAUUGUUGUUCUGUUAUGUACCUCUGGAUCGGCAAAAAUUGCAGCAGCAGCUUUAUUAAUAACGUACUUGGAUUUUCUAACUAUGCUUCUAUUCCACAAAAUCUGUAUCAACUUCCAGAAUUGGAUACAGCAUUGUCUCAAAGAGUUACCAGUUUUGUCUCCUGGCUUCGCGAUAGUAGACCAUUUCUAUCCAUUCUUUACGUUGUGAAGGAUGAUGCUCCUUUCAAAACAAACUUUUUUCAGCGGUUAGUGGAGGACAGAACAGAAUCUACGUUAUCAUAUUAUGAGUUUCUUCUUCACAUUCAGCAACUAAUCUCCAAGUAACAGUUAUGGCUCAUGAGUUUGAACUAAACAACGAUCACCUUGUUUUUUUGGGAGGAGGGUUGGGAUACUAAUGACAUCCAAAGCAGAAUUACAUUCACCUCGAAGAGUGGAUUUUGCAAUGGGCUACAAAGACGUGGAUAUUUUCAAACAGUGUUUCAAUCCUGAUUUGUUUUACCUUGACAGUAGGAAUAUGAAAAGCUGGUGGAUAAAAAUUGGUGAACCCGCAGAAUAAAUUCUUGAAGUUAUACACUGUAAUGUAUAAGUCUGCUCUACAAUGACGUUUAAGAUGCCAUUGUUAUUGUAGAAUAUAUAAUAAUGGCAUGAAGGUAUGGGCUUGAAUGUUUUAUUCUAGAUGGAGCAGGAGCUUGGAGGCCUUGUUACCUAACACAAAAAAAUAUUUAUUGCCACGUCUAAGCCUCUGUUUACAUUUUUGUUCAUUUUGGUCUGAUUAAUUUUUCCAGUAUGUAAUGUAUCAGUGUAUAUGUUGAUUUUUUUUCAUUGGUGAUGGCAGUGUGUAGAAGCAAUAACUGUAAAUGUAAGAAUUUCUAUUGGAUGUGUAAGAAGGAACUGCAGAUGCUGGUUUAAACCAAAGGUAGACACAAAAAGCUUGAGUAACUCCGCGGGACAAGCAGCAUCUCUGGAGAGAAGGAAUGGGUGACGUUUCAAUCUGAAGAAGGAUCUCGACCUGAGACAUCACCCAUUCCUUCUCUCCAGAGAUGUUGCCUGUCCUGCUGAGUUACUCCAGCUUUUUGUAUCUAAUUUCUCUCGGACAGCAGGCAAAUGCAGUCUGCAUUUAGAUCACCUGCAGGCCUGUUGAAUGUGGUCUUGAAGUACACAUUAUAAAAUUCUGUGUUUAUAGAAAAAAUAAUUUUGUGAUGUACAAGAAAUAUCGACCUAAUAUAUGGUUGCAUUAAAAGGGAAAGAAUAAACUGUGUGCAACGGUGUUGAAUGUUUUGUGAUCAAAUUUGUCCCGACCCCUAAACCAUUCAUGACUUGUGGAUCUGAAUCUGUACUGUCCUUCAGGUCAAACUGCAGGUCGCUGUCACAUUUUUAAAGUAUCAUUCUUUACUUUUUAAUUUAGCUUUGGAUCUUUGUGUGGAAUUAAAAGUGCUCUCAUGGGUUUUCAUUUUCCUCAUGUGUUUGUAUUUCAAGCUUGUAUGACUAGGGCUGAUGUAGUGGGUAGGUGAUUUUAAAACCCACUUCCUUGUCCUAUCAGCACCCCACAUGAUGGUCGGCUGAAGUCUCGAGGAAACAAAAUGGAUGUGUGCAGCGACUCCGUAGCUAAGUAAAUAUAUAUGUGAUGCAAAGGGAGGUUUAGAGCACUGACAUAUUAAUAAAUAAGUUCCUGAACUUCAAGCUGUAAGACCUGGUGUUUUCCUUCACCUAAAUCAAGCAAAAUACAAAUGCCGCAUCCAUCUGCAGUAUAAUGUGUUUUUUUUUUAGAUUAGGAAAACACUAACAAGAACAAAAUAAACUUGCAAUUGUUCCAUGUCUAUGAAUGACACGUUGCCACACUUGAGCCACAGAUGAGGAACUGUCCAAAGAGGAUGUGGUAUAAUACCACUCGUCUGAAUUUGUCUGGCCAUACAAUGUCAAAUUAAAUACGUUCAACAAUAGAAGCAACUAUAGAAAACAAUGAAGGUAGACAAAAAUGCUGGAGAAACUCAGCGGGUGAGACAGGGUCUAUGGAGCGAAGGAAUAGGCAACGUUUUGGGUCGAUUCACCAUCUAUUUCCUUCGCUCCAUGGAUGCUGCCUCACCCGCUGAGUUUCUCCAGAAUUUUUGCCUACCUUCGAUUUUCCAGCAUCUGCAGUUCCUUCUUAAACAUAGAAAACAAUGAGAUUAUUAAACAAUAAUUUUGUAGUUCCAUAGUUUUUAAAGCUUUCCAAAGAUGCUUCUCACCAAACGUCAAGGGCAUGGGUACUCAGUCAAUAGAUAGCAGAGGAGGUGUCUAUUAAUGAAGCAUCAGUUGCUCAGGAACGGACUAUAUAGUGGGGUUAAGUACACCAGUACAGUCAAACUAAAUAGCUAUGAGUGACGAUGGAAAAACAUUUAAUGCCAUGGCUUGUAUUUCCUCAAAAUAAAAUCUCUAAAUAUUGAUUAAAUAUUUUGUUAUUUGUCUACAUUAUUUACAACGGAUCCAUUAUGUUCCUGUCUCAUAUUGUAUAUGAUGUUCGGUUUGCUCUUUUAUUCCUCUGAAAUGGUGUUCUGAUGCAAAUUAUUUUAAUAGACUGAUGUUACGAGAUAUUCUUGAUAAUUAAAUAUUUUCAAAGACA